GUUGUGUUUGUGAGGCAUGCUGUUAGUUUGAUUGAGCCAUUCCACAGCGUAUACAUGUCUUCAAAGCAUCGUUUAUACAAUAAAUAUAUAUAAUUUCAGUCAAUUAAAAAAUGCAUAGUGAGAUCACCAUCUCUACAAACUAAUUAAAAAAAAAAAAAAAAGGCUCAACGUGGUGGUACAUGCCUAUAGUCCUCUGCUGUUUGGGAGGCUGAAAUGGGAGGAUUGCCAGAGUCCAGGAGUUUGAGUGCACUAUGAUUGUGCCACAGUACUACAACCUAGGUGACAGAGUGAGAUCCUGUCUAAAAAUAUAAAAUAUAAGCAAAAAAAAAGAAAAAUCAAACUAUAUGAUUUUAAAACUUAGUACAGAACUAGGAUAAUCAAGGCAGUGGUAUUGGCAAAGGCAUAGACAUAUAGAUCAAAUGAAAUAAAAUAGUUUUUGGACAUAGGCUAACCCAUACAAAGAAGGCCAAUAAAAUCUACAAAGUUGCAAAGGCCAUUCAGUGGAAAAUGAACAGUCUUGGUGUUGGAACUAUUGGGCAUCCUUAUAAAAAAAUAAUGAACCUCUGCCUAAACCACACACAUACAAAAAUUUACUUAAUGUGUAUCACUCAUCUGAAUGUGAGAGAUAAAGCUGUAAAACUUAUAGAAGAAAACAUGGAGAAGAUCUUUGUAACUUGAGUUUAGGCAAGAAGCUUGUCAGAUGACAACAAAAGCAUGAUUCAUAAAAUAAAAAGAUUGAUAAUUUGGAUUUCAUUAGGUUAAAAACUUUGCUUGCAAAAGACAUUAUGAAGAAAAUGAAAGACAAGUUACAAGGUGGAAGAAAAAUAUUUGCAAAUCACCUGUAAAGGACUUAUUUUCAGAAUACAUAAAGCACUCUGAAAACUCAACAAUAAGAUAACAGUUUAAUUAAAAAUAUUUAAUAAGCUUUUACAGGUACUUAAAAGAAGAAAUAGAGUGUAAAAUGAGUUCAUGAGAUGUUUAACAUAACUAAACAUUAGGAGAAUGCACAGUGAGAUACCACUGCACACCAUUAGAAUGGCUUAAACUGUGCUUCUGACUGACUGGCUGCUGAUUGGGGCUCCCUUGAUCCCCCCCUCCGCCUUGGGUUUGAUUAAUGUGCUAGAAUGACUCACAGAACUCAGGGAAAUAUGUUUACAUAUUGCAAAGGAUACAGAUGAACAGCUGGAUGAAGAGAUGGAUAAGGGGAAAGACCAUGUUUGUAGAUUUAUUGGCUGUGGGAGGAAUGAUCGAUUCAACUAUGUGGUCAUGCAGUUGCAGGGUCGUAAUCUGGCAGAUCUUCGCCGUAGUCAGUCCCGAGGCACAUUCACCAUCAGUACUACUCUCCGGCUGGGUAGACAGAUUUUGGAGUCUAUAGAAAGCAUUCAUUCUGUGGGUUUCUUGCACCGAGACAUCAAACCGUCGAACUUCGCUAUGGGUCGCUUUCCUAGUACAUGUAGGAAAUGUUACAUGCUUGAUUUUGGCUUGGCUCGACAAUUUACCAAUUCCUGUGGUGACGUCAGACCACCUCGAGCUGUGGCAGGGUUUCGAGGGACAGUUCGUUAUGCAUCAAUCAACGCUCAUCGGAACAGGGAAAUGGGAAGACAUGAUGACCUUUGGUCCUUAUUCUACAUGUUGGUGGAAUUUGUGGUUGGUCAGCUGCCUUGGAGAAAAAUAAAGGAUAAGGAGCAAGUAGGCUCUAUUAAGGAGAGAUAUGACCACAGGCUCAUGUUGAAACAUCUCCCUCCAGAAUUCAGCAUCUUUCUAGACCAUAUCUCUUCUUUGGAUUAUUUUACAAAACCAGACUACCAGCUUCUUACAUCCGUGUUUGACAAUAGCAUCAAGACUUUUGGAGUAAUUGAGAGUGAUCCUUUUGACUGGGAGAAGACUGGAACUGAUGGCUCCCUAACAACCAUCACUACUUCUACCACCCCUCAGUUGCACACUCGCUUGACCCCUGCUGCAAUUGGAAUUGCCAAUGCCACUCCCAUCCCAGGAGACUUGCUUCGAGAAAAUACAGAUGAGGUAUUUCCAGAUGAACAGCUUAGUGAUGGAGAAAAUGGCAUCCCUGUUUGUGUGUCACCAGAUAAAUUGCCUGGAUCUCUGGGACAGCCUCGUCCCCAGGAGAAGGAUGUUUGGGAAGAGAUGGAUGCCAACAAAAACAAGAUAAAGUUUGGAAUUUGUAAGGCUGCUACUGAAGAGGAGAACAGCCAUGGCCAAGCAAAUGGUCUUCUCAAUGCUCCUAGCCUUGGGUCACCAAUUCGUGUCCGCUCAGAGAUUACUCAGCCAGACAGAGAUAUUCCAUUGGUGCGAAAGUUACGUUCCAUCCACAGCUUUGAGCUGGAAAAACGUCUGACCCUGGAGCCAAAGCCAGACACUGACAAGUUCCUUGAGACCUGCCUGGAGAAAAUGCAGAAAGAUACCAGUGCAGCAAAAGAAUCUAUUCUCCCUGCUCUGCUUCAUAAGCCUUGCAUUCCUGCUGUGUCCCGUACUGACCAUAUCUGGCACUAUGAUGAAGAAUAUCUUCCAGAUGCCUCCAAGCCUGCUUCUGCCAACACCCCUGAGCAGGGAGAUGGUGGUGGCAGCAAUGGAUUUAUAGCGGUUAACCUGAGCUCUUGCAAGCAGGAGAUUGAUUCCAAAGAAUGGGUGAUUGUGGACAAGGAGCAGGACCUUCAAGAUUUUAGGACAAAUGAGGUUGUAGGACAUAAAACAACUGGAAGUCCUUCUGAUGAGGAGCCUGAAGUGCUUCAAGUCCUGGAGGCAUCACCUCAAGAUGAAAAGCUCCAAUUAGGUCCUUGGGCAGAAAAUGAUCAUUUAAAGAAGGAAACCUCAGGUGUGGUCUUAGCACUUUCUGCAGAGGGUCCUCCCACUGCUGCUUUGGAACAAUAUACAGAUAGACUGGAACUCCAGCCUGGAGCUGCUAGUCAGUUUAUUGCAGCGACACCCACAAGUCUAAUGGAGGCGCAGGCAGAAGGACCCCUUACAGCGAUUACAAUUCCUAGACCUUCUGUGGCAUCUACGCAGUCAACUUCAGGAAGCUUUCACUAUGGUCAGCAGCCAGAGAAGAAAGAUCUUCAGCCCAUGGAGCCCACUGUGGAACUUUACUCUCCAAGGGAAAACUUCUCUGGCUUGGUUGUGACAGAGGGUGAACCUCCUAGUGGAGGAAGCAGAACAGAUUUGGGGCUUCAGAUAGAUCACGUUGGUCAUGACAUGUUACCCAACUUUAGAGAAAGUAACCAAUCUCAAGCUCUGGGACCAAAAGAACUUCCUGAUCAUAACAGACUGGUUGUGGGAGAAUUUGAAAAUCUCCCUGGGGAAAAUGAAGAGAAAAGCAUCCUUUUAGAGUCAGAUAAUGAAGAUGAGAAGUUAAGUAGAGGGCAGCAUUGUGUUGAGCUCUCCUCUCUCCCAGAUUUGUUAAUGGUGGAAAAGGAUCACUCAGCUACUACUGAACCUCUUGAUGUGACAAAAACACAGAAUUUUAGUGUGGUGCCAAAUCAAGACAAAAAUAAGGAGGUAAUGAAGCUUCUGACAGUUGGAACUUCAGAAAUUUCUCCCAGAGACAUUGACCCACAUGUUGAAGGUCAGAUAGGCCAGGUGGCAGAAAUGCAAAAAAGUAAGAUAUCUAAGGAUGAUGACAUCAUGAGUGAAGACUUGCCAGGUCAUCAAGGAGACCUCUCUACUUUUUUGCACCAAGAGGGUAAGAGAGAGAAAAUUGCCCCUAGAAAUGGAGAACUGUUUCAUUGUGUUUCAGAGAAUGAACAUGGCGCCCCAACCCGGAAGGAUAUGGUUAGGUCAUCCUUUGUAACUAGACACAGCCGAAUCCCUGUUUUAGCACAAGAGAUAGACUCAACUUUGGAAUCAUCCUUUCCAGUCUCUGCAAAAGAAAAGCUCCUCCAAAAGAAAGCUUAUCAGCCAGACCUAGUCAAGCUUCUGGUGGAAAAAAGACAAUUCAAGUCCUUCCUUGGCGACCUCUCAAGUGCCUCUGAUAAAUUGCUAGAAGAGAAACUAGCUACUGUUCCUGCUUCCUUUUGUGAGGAGGAAGUUCUCACUCCCUUUUCAAGACUGACAGUAGAUUCUCACCUGAGUAGGUCAGCUGAAGAUAGCUUUCUGUCACCUAUCAUCUCCCAGUCUAGAAAGAGCAAAAUUCCAAGGCCAGUUUCAUGGGUCAACACAGAUCAAGUCAAUAGCUCAACUUCAUCUCAGUUCUUUCCUCGGCCACCACCAGGAAAGCCACCCAUGAGGCCUGGAGUAGAAGCCAGGUUACGCAGAUAUAAAGUCCUAGGGAGUAGUAACUCUGACUCAGACCUUUUCUCCCGCCUGGCCCAAAUUCUUCAAAAUGGAUCUCAGAAACCCCGGAGCACUACUCAGUGCAAGAGUCCAGGAUCUCCUCACAACCCCAAAACACCACCCAAGAGUCCAGUUGUCCCUCGCAGGAGUCCCAGUGCCUCUCCUCGAAGCUCAUCCUUGCCUCGCACGUCUAGUUCCUCACCAUCUAGGGCUGGACGGCCCCACCAUGACCAGAGGAGUUCAUCCCCACAUCUGGGGAGAAGCAAGUCACCUCCCAGCCACUCAGGAUCUUCAUCCUCCAGGAGGUCCUGCCAACAGGAGCAUUGCAAACCCAGCAAGAAUGGCCUGAAAGGAUCUGGCAGCCUCCACCACCACUCAGCCAACACUAAAACCACCCCAGGGAAAAGUAAGCCAGCCAGUAAACUCAGCAGAUAGGAGCCAGGCUGCAUCUCUUUGAAAGGUGUGAGAUCUUCCUCCUAACCCUGAUGCAUGUGUGUCCCUGUACUGUCUGUUUAAAAAAAUCAGUGUUGAUCUUCUCUUGCAAAAGAAAGUAACAUGAUCAUUAUUUAUAAGAAGACAUAAAUACAUGAUAAGGAAUUACCUAAGGCAGGCAGCAAGCAGAUCAGGAAUCAAUGUCUUUGUACAAAAAAUAGAGCAAAAAUCCAAGGGGGAGAAACUCAUUAAAAUGAGCUCUCAUUUUUAAGCUGCCUUUGAAACAAAAGAGUUGAGGACAGGAGACAGAAUGGAAUUUUAGGGAGUUUGCCUGAUUUAUUUAAGCUUCACCUCAAAGAUUAAAUAGCAAAAGUGAAACUUCUUGUUUGAUAUUUUCAUUCAAAACUUUCCCACCCUGCAGAGUCAUUGAUCAGAUACUGUAUUAUGUAAGAAGUCUGUUGCCAGGGAGCCAGUACCGUAUAUUUGGCAUGUGUGUUUAUUUUGUGUAUUGAGAAUGAGCACCUUUACUUUGCCUCAUUUCUAGUACCCUCCCUGGACUUCAGAUUUUUUUUAAGUUUAGUAUGUCUUAUUUGAUUCAGUCUUUCUGCUUUUAUUUUAUGGUCCUAAUUGUACUUUCAAAUCCAAUUCCUUUUUUUUAGUUCCCUGAUUUUUUUUUUAGAGCAACAGUUCUUAACUUACUAUGUUUUUAUUAUGAAAAAUAAGAAACUUAGGUAAAGGAAAGAAAAGUCUAACUAGAGCUACUUUGCAGGAUUUAGUGUUUAGGGAGAGAAAGAAAAUGUGGGGGAAUAGCCUUCAAGAUAGAAGAACCCCCUUCCUCCCUGUUAAGUGUCCUCCUUUAGAAACUUGAGUAGAAAGAAAACUGACCAGAGUAGACUGCUUCCUUAAGUCUUCUGAGUUCCAGCUGUUUCUAAUAUCAGCCUCCAAGAUGAUACUAGGGAAGCACAAUGCUUUGGAAUAUGACUUGAGAUUUAGAAAUAAAUUAGAUGUAUUACUGAGGCUUAGAAUCCUCAAACUUUGUAUUUUAUACAUUUAGCCAAUAAGGAAUUAAUAUCUGGGGAAAUAAAUUUAGGCUAAAUAUUUCUCUUUUAAUGUUUUAUUACCUGCUUCUCCUGUGUUUUAGUUCAAUAUUUGGGCUUCUUGGCCUGAUUUUCAUAUAAUCUCAAUUUAUGAAGCUGUAAAGACGAAGAUACUUGUUCUAAUCUCACUCUUCUAACAGGAAUCAGGCAAAAUGAAAGUAUACCAGACAUUUUAAAUGGGCUCUUUUAUACUCUCUAGGUGUUUUGUGUUGUAAAAGGUCAGGUAAAUUGGUCUGCUUGUUGUAGAAAUUUGCCUUCUAGCAAACAUCUGUGCUUUGUUUGACCUUGUAUUUGCUGCCAAACCCGAUAUGGUUGAAUUGGGAAACAAACAAAAAAAGAAAUACAUUUCCUCCCCCCAAGUGAACAUCUUCUAAUGCUGCAUCAAAGCUGCCCUGAAGCUGCACUGAACUUCUCUUGUUCUCUUUAUCUGUGUUGAGCUUUUUAAAAAAACAAACUCAAAACACUACUGAGGCAUAUAACGUCUCUUAAAAGAAAUGUAGCAUAGUAUGGAAUCUUAAUUUCUCUCCAGUUUCAAACACUACAGAGGGAUGCAAUAGAUAAGACAUAUUUGCUGUUUAUCUGAAGCAACUGUAAUAUUGGAAGACCAAUCCUUCUGUAUUAUAUUGUAUAAUAGUUGCUGUAACACUACUUGCAUGUCUUCAUGAUAAAUUAUAUAAAUAUUUAUAAAUAUAUAGAGAGACAUAUGCUUAUAUAGACUCAUUCUUUCUCAUUCUCCAUUUGUAAUUUAAAGAUCACAGAUGCUGAAAUUCCUUUUCUAUUGUGUGCCUCAUGUACACUUGGGCCUUGCCUAUCUUCAUUUUCUGAAAAUAUGUUCUUGGCAUGUGACACCUCAGAGUCUUCUUGCCUUCCCUAUGUACAAUCCAAGGAUUGGCAGUCUUUAACAAGCCAAGAUAGGUUAUUUAAUUUUCAUUUUAAAAAUAUUUUGUAAUAGGGAAAAAAUUAUGGGGACAUGCUUGUGUACUGGUUCAAAGAUUUGUCAUGUUAAUCACAUAUUUCUCUCCUUAUAGUAAGAGUGGAUAAACUGGAUGAUAAUGAUGAGUCUGACAGAUUUUUAAAACAUCUCUUAAACAUUGCCAUUCUUUGCUUAUAUCCAUUACUGGAGAUAGUAAAAAAAAAAAAAAAAAAAAAAUUGCCAUUCUACUUUGCUCUUUUCAUCUCACUUUUUUGGCAGGAGGGUUGGGGGAUAAUGAAGAAAUUAUACUUUUUCUGUUGCAUUAGCAAAAUUGUGCUAAAAGUAGCUAGCUUUAAAUCCCAACCCCUUUAGUCAGAAAUAUGGUAGUAGUAAUCAUUGGAAAAGCUGAUGAGGCUGUGACUGUGGUACAUGUAUGUGAUUUUAUUUCUUAUUGGCAUUUCUCUGCUGGCAGUUGAAACUGACAGUGAGAAUGUAGCAACUGAAUUUUUUCUCUCUUUCUUGAUUCCUUCCAUUUUUUCCCAACCUUUCCAGUGUGUUGCCCCCUUUUCUAAAUGGUGUGGACAAACUCAUCAGGAUCCAGAGAUAAACAGUCUCAUCAUGCAAGAAUAUUUUAUACUGCAUGUAGAGCAAAGAGUUAACCAAAGAUGUUUCUGCUCUGAUACUUUCAAAAGAAAACAGACUAAUUGUAUCAUAGGUAGUAUCAAUAGGCCUGCUUAUAAGUACUGUCCUAUGUAGAGAUUUACUUUUUGGUUUUUACAAGCAUAGUUUGUGCUUUUAGAUGUUAGAUGUCUCUCAGGCGAAAAACAGAAGUUGACAGCCCUGAGCAAGCAUUUGUGACACAGGGAUUUCUAUUUUUGUUUUAAAGUAUGAUACAGAGAAUGGAGUUUUGUGGUCGAUUUGGUUUGGUUGUGUUUUUUAGUUCUUUAUUUUUUAUUUGGGGUCUUUCUUAGUGAUGGCAUAUUUCAGGUUUCAGUGACAUAGAUCAAGUAAUUUUAAACCAGUUUGGUUUUUCUACCUAAGAUGAGGGAUAUGGCUAUUAAGGUGAGGCCAAACUAUACUAAAAGUAGUAUAGGGUAGAGUUAAAAUUACCUUUUGAAAAUCAGGUAUUACCUGGUUUCUUCUGUCACAGCAGAAUAGCUGGUUACCUAGAGUCAGUCACAGUUGCCCUCACCCUCCCUCGUCUAGUCCCUGGAAGUACUUGAGUUGAACAGAAGGUAGAAAUAGCAAUAGCUCAAUCAUUUUACGUAGCACUUCUCCUGAAUUCUUCUACCAAGUCCCCAGGGUCUGUGGAUUGGUUGAAACAGUAAAAUCAUACAUAGUGAUUUCUUGCACAGCAUAGAGGCAUUUAAUUUUAGUGUGUAGUGAACAGAGAAGGAAAACUGGGUCAUAUAAAAUUUAACCUUAAAACACAGAUUAUACAUAUCUUUGAAUGUUAAACCCUAGGCAGACAGGCACUCCUAUUCUUAACUCUGGUAUGCAAGCUGGCCUUGCUGACAAUGGCAUCAUUACAGUUACUGUUUUUUAAGUGCAUAUUGUGAUGUGAAUAUUUUUUGUAAAAGUUGCCAAGUUAAUUGACUACUAAAUAAGUAGCAAAAUGGUAUCUGAGACCCACUGUAGUCAUUACUCACUUUAUGUUAUUUGCUUUCAAAUACUAAAAUCUCAGCUGCUAAUUCAGCUUUCAAGAUGUGCAGUAUCUCCUUCUCUUAGCUCCUAGCCAUGUUGGGAACUUGAGGUUCUUCAGUGUCAUCAGAGAUUCCUUCCAGGCCACAUAUUUUAUGCUAAUAUUUCCAUAGUUGCAUUCAAUCUAUAAGGAAAAAGUGUACAUUGGUGCAUGUUUUAUAAACCCAGACACACAGAUAGCUAAAACCAUAAUUUUUCUAUACUCGAGAGCUUUGAAUUAAAAACAGAUGCUUUUUUUCCCCAAGAGCAGACAAUUCUACAUUCCUAACAUAACAUUAGGAAUUGGUGAUAGGAGAAGCAAGAUCCAGAAUGCAGAACGAUUUAGUGAGACUUAGGAAAAAAACGCAUUUUCCCCCGGUUGUUGGAACAUUUAUUUAUUUGUAGGUAAGUCUAGAUUUAGUCUUGAAGAUCAAAGUUUUUUUGUAUUUAAAAACUUCUUUCAUUCCUUUAUAUUGAUAAAAAUAUGGCCUAUGUUAGAGAACCAUUUUUUCUGUCAUGUUUAUGUAUUUUGGAAUUAAGUUGUUUACAUUCACUUUGAAAAUUUGCCCAUUUUUGUUUAUGUGCACUUGCCACAGAUGUGUCCGGACUUUGCCUAAGGGGAGAGAUACUUUAGCACCUGUGUAACCUGAGGAGAUGGAGUGCUUGAUGAGUACUCUUGCGCUGUGUAACUUGGGGUUUCAUUCUGUAGACAAUAUGUUAGCAGAAUAACUACUUCUCGAUGAUACCACACAAAAGUAUUACAGGAUUAAGGCAUGUAACUUCUAUGGUAGUCCUUAUGUAUCAGUAUAUAACCAAGUUCAGAAACCACAGGUGCAUUUUUAGACCUUUACUUAGAGAACUAAAGGCAGUUCCAAGCAUCAGCUCAUAUGGGGGGAUUAAUGCAUGAAAACCCUAAGAGGGUGUGUCGGGACAUCAUACUUCCCUGUCCUCACCCAGUAAAACUCUGGUGUGUGUCUUGAGGAUAAGGAAGUAGAGUGGAAACUCAUCAUAUCAUUGAGUAUAUUCUCAGUAUUUUGGCCUUCCCUCUGGAAUUAAGAGGAAUUUAGCAAAGUUUCAGAAACCUUCAGAAUCCAUUGCCCAACACUACCAGAAAAACUGUAGGAGGCACAUGGGGAAUUCCUAUAGUUCUUAGGUACGUUCAAGACACGGGACAAGGAUCCCUAUCCACAGAAAGGGGAAUCUGGACGCUGCACACCUCACUCUCUGAAAAAUCCCUGGCUGAACAUGGAAUUAUGACAGUAAAGUUUUGGCCCUUUAGUUUGCUAGAACAGCUCACAGAAAUUUUAAAAAGUAAAACAAAAAUAAAGUGCAUGCCCAUUAAGCCGUCUUCUAAUUCAGUUGUGAUUAUCUGCUCCUUCUUUAAAAAAUGUGUAAGCUUGAUGUUUAUUCCCUUUCAGCAAAUUUGGAUCAGAAAAUUAAAGUAUGUGACAAGAUCAGGUCACCUUGAAUUUCCAUACAAUCUCAAGACAUUGAAUAGAAAAAAAAA